UGUUAAUAUGUGCCCAUUUGUCAAACGAAUAAUUUUGGUGAUUUAAUUAUGAAGUUUAAACUAAAAAAAUUUAUGAAAAAUUGAAUAAAAAAUGUUGAUAAGACGGAAAAAGAAAAUUUUUAUUAAAUUUCAAUGUGUUAAAAUAAAUCCUUUCUAAGGAUCUGAUAAUUUUGUUUUGUUUUUUUUUUGUUUUUGUUUUUUGCACUUUGGAAGAGUGAAUCCAAAAAAAAAGGAAAUCAUAGCAAUAUUAACAACGUAACAAUGAUAAUUUACUGUCGAAAAAAUGUUUAUAUUUUAUGUAUUACAAUUUUGGCAAUAUUUAAUAUUUUUAUAACGCAUCGUUUAAUCUCUAUUUCAAAAUGCUCGAAUACAAUUGGCUCAAAUACAAAAACUUUAACUAAAAUUGCUUCAAAUCAACUACAAAAAUCUCAAAAACCACAGAAACAAGUACAACAACAGCAAUCGCAACCACAUCAACAACAACAACAACAUCAAUCACAACAGCAACCACAAAAGCAACAAGCAGCUUUAAAUAACAAUGAACUGUCCAUUAAUAAAUUAAAUGAACCUCCACAAAAUGAAAUAUCAUUAUCACAAUUAAUGCAUUUAGAUUCAAUUAGAAGACCUGAUUUACAGGAUAUAGACAGUAUACCAUUAAGUAAUGUUAACUUCCAUUUAGGCCGUUUUGAUAAUCAAAAUUUAUAUAAAUAUUAUGAUUUUGUAUCAAUUGGACGAAGAUAUGAUUAUAAUAUUGAAGAUAAAAUAUGUUUAGCAACACAAAGUUCAAUUGAACGUUUACAUUUUAUAGCUCAAGUCGCUGCAAAUUGGAAUGGUGCAAUAUCAUUGGCAAUAUAUGUUUCCGGUAAUGAAGAAUUUAAUAUUUUGCAGUAUUAUUUAACAUAUUUAGAAAAUUGUUAUGAAAAUAUACGUGAUAAUGUUAAUAUACAUUUAGCAGUACCAAAAGAUCGAAUACCAUAUAAAUUUAUAACAGAUUUAUCAAAAUAUUUGGAUUUAUUUUCAAGUUGUAAAAUAUCAGCUGAAGCAAUGCUACAAAAAUUAUUAAAAAUACGUACAGUUGAUACAAUUAAAUAUAGACUUAGAACAGCAUACCCACAAAAUCAUUUAAGAAAUUUAGCACGUAAAGGAUGUCAAAGUAAAAAAGUUUUAUUAACGGAUGUUGAUAUAAUACCAAAUAUUAAUUUAGCAAAUCAAUUAGAAACAUUUUUUGAAAAGCAAACAUGUAAAGGUUUAUGUGCUUAUGUGAUACCAACAUUUGAAUUAGAUGUACGAACAAAAUUUCCACAAAAUCGUGCAGAAUUAUUAAGAUUAGUUAAAAAGGGUUUAGCGAGACCAUUUCAUGAAAAAGUUUUUAUAUACAAUCAAUUUGCAACAAAUUUUUCAAAAUGGAUCCAAAAUGAUAAAAUGGAUGGUGACAUUGUUAUUAGCCAUAAUGUGACAAAUUUUGAAUUUCUGUAUGAACCUUUUUAUAUAGCUGACAAUACAGCUCCAAUGUUUGAUGAACGAUUUCUUGGUUAUGGAUUUACGAGGAAUUCUCAGGUAUAUGAAAUGUAUUUGGCAGGUUAUCAAUUUCAAGUUUUAAUACCGGCCUUUACAUGUCACUGGGGUCUUCAAAGGAAGAAAGUACGUCCGGCGUGGCGUGAACAACAAAAUAAUAUAAAUAGAAAAAAAUUUGAAAUAUUUAAUGAUGAAAUCUCAGUGCGAUAUAGAAAAAAAGAAAAAGAUCAAAAAUCAAAAGGAAAAAAAACUUAAGGAUAUACUCCAUGAACACUCGCUAAUAUUUUGUGUAAAAAAAAACUAUAUAUAUAUAUAUAUAGAAAAACUAAUAAUUAAUAAUAAGUUUUUUUGUUUUUUUUUUUGAAUAUAGUGAAACGCUAUGAAUUUUGUGCUAAUAAAAAUUUUGAAAUUGAAAAAUUUAGGCUCUCUUCCACAACAAUAAUAUAAAUUAAAUUGUAAGAUUAUCUUACAAAUAUUUCUGAUAUUAUUUAAAAAAAAAAGAAUUCAAAUAAAUUUUACGAAAAUUUUAUAAAAAAAUAUAAAAAAAGCAAGUUAUUAUAAGCUAAUAAAAAAAAAAUAUUUAAA